GCCCAGAAAGUCGGCGUGCAGGCGGCCGAGCGGAGCCCCAGCCCCUGCGCCCCACGGCUCCACCAUGCGCGGCCUCCUCCUCGCCCUCUGCACCCUGGCAGGCGUGAGCUGCAGGAACCAGGAGGAGAAGCUGCUCCAGGACCUGAUGACCAACUACAACCGGCACCUGCGCCCGGCCCUGCGCGGGGACCAAGUCAUCGAUGUCACCCUCAAGCUCACCCUCACCAACCUCAUCUCCCUGAAUGAACGGGAGGAGACCCUCACCACCAACGUCUGGAUCGAGAUGCAAUGGUCCGAUUACCGCCUGCGGUGGGACCCCGAGAACUACGACAACAUCCAGCUGCUGCGGGUGCCCUCCACCAUGGUCUGGCUGCCCGACAUCGUCCUGGAGAACAACAUUGACGGGACGUUCGAGAUCACGCUCUACACCAACGUGCUGGUGUCCCCCGAUGGCAGCAUCUACUGGCUGCCCCCCGCCAUCUACCGCAGCUCCUGCGCCAUCCACGUCACCUACUUCCCCUUCGACUGGCAGAACUGCACCAUGGUCUUCCAAUCCCAGACCUACAGCGCCAACGAAAUCAACCUGCUGCUGACGGUGGAGGAAGGCCAGACCGUGGAGUGGAUCUCCAUCGACCCCGAGGCCUUCACAGAGAACGGCGAGUGGGCCAUCAAGCACCGCCCCGCGCGGAAAAUCGUCAAUUCGGGGCACUUCACCCCGGACGACACCCAGUACCAGCAGGUGGUCUUCUACCUCAUCAUCCAGCGCAAGCCCCUCUUCUACAUCAUCAACAUCAUCGUGCCCUGCGUCCUCAUCUCCUCCAUGGCCGUGCUUGUCUACUUUCUGCCCGCCAAAGCGGGCGGGCAGAAAUGCACCGUCUCCAUCAACGUGCUCCUGGCCCAGACCGUCUUCCUCUUCCUCAUCGCCCAGAAGGUGCCUGAGACCUCCCAGGCGGUGCCGCUCAUCGGGAAGUACCUGACCUUCCUCAUGGUGGUGACGGUGGUGAUCGUGGUGAAUGCCGUCAUCGUCCUCAACGUCUCGCUGAGAACGCCCAACACUCACUCCAUGUCCCAGAGGGUGCGCCAGGUGUGUCUGCACCUCCUGCCCCGCUACCUGGGCAUGCACAUGCCGGAGGAGGCGCCGGGGCCACCACGAGCCUCCCGGCGACGCAGCUCCCUGGGGCUGAUGGUGAAAGCCGACGAGUACAUGCUCUGGAAAGCCCGCACCGAGCUGCUCUUCGAGAAGCAGAAGGAGAGGGAUGGGCUGAUGAAAACCGUGCUGGAGAAGAUCGGCCGUGGGCUGGAUAGCGGCUACGCUCAGGACUUCUGCCAGAGCCUGGAGGAGGCAGGCCCCGAGAUCCGUGCUUGUGUUGAUGCCUGCAACCACAUCGCCAACGCCACGCGGGAGCAGAACGACUUCAACAGCGUGAGUCGGGGUCGGGGCAGCACAGGGAGGGGGGGCGGGGGUGGCGAGGACAAGCUCUCAGCACCCCCUCGAUGCGCGCCAACAGGAGAACGAGGAGUGGAUCCUGGUGGGGCGGGUGAUCGACCGCGUCUGCUUCUUCAUCAUGGCCUCCCUCUUUGUGUGCGGCACCGUCGGCAUCUUCCUCAUGGCUCACUUCAACCAGGCGCCCGCCCUGCCCUUCCCCGGGGACCCCAAGCUGUACCUGCCCCAGUGACACCCAACAGCCCCCUGACACUGGCUCCAUGGAUGAUGCCAGGGGCUGGAUGUCCCCAAAUCUACGUGCCCGGCUGUGGCUGCAGCAGCUCCUGGAGCCAAGCACAGCGCUGGAGGGGGACCGGGGUGGCAGGGCUCUGUCACCCCCAUGCUGUGGGGGUGAUGGGGAGCACACUGUGGCCAUGGUUGUGCUGAACGUGGA